CGCCCCCUUCAGCGCUUGGGUCUUGUGGGUGACACAAAAAGCUCCCGCUCGGUGCCCAGCGCCUGGCGCAGGGUGUCCGAUCCGGGACUCUGAGGGCGGCGGCGGGGCAGGUGGAAGGCGCCGCCUGAAGCAAAGGGGAGGACGGGCCGGGAGCUGGGCUGCGGGAGGCGCAGCCGCCGCCACUCUGCCCGCGCCGCCCGGAACCCGCGGCGGGAGGAACAGGCGACAGCCGGCCCCCAGCGCGUGUCUGGCAGAGCGCGACGGGCAGCGCGGACCCCCGGGAUGCUGCCCAUGCUGCUGCGGCCACAGGCAGCAUAGCAGAGCCCGAGUCAGUGGCGGAGAGAGGCUGAACAAAGCUGGGUCCCAAUCGUGCUUCCUGCUCGUCAGCCCCUUGCCUCCCAAAUGCAUAUGGUUUCCACUUGAUGUCAUCGCAGAAAGGGGUGAAAGGGACCCGUGACAGAUUCAGAGUGCUUCCCCGGGAAACCAAGGUAACUGCACUGCAGGAUCCCCUGCCUGGUGUCAUUGUUCACACCCCUGCAUGAAAUUAGCACAUCCGUGAAUGGCAGAUGCUGGUGAGCUUGCUGAUCUCCUAGAGACCUUGAGAAGAUUGACCCAGAGUUGUGACUUUGGAGAACCAGCUCUUUGAUCUUCCUGUUGGCCUUACCCUUUGGCUCACAAUGGAGACACUCUCCCAGGAUUCCCUGCUGGAAUGUCAGAUCUGUUUUAAUUAUUACAGCCCACGACGAAGGCCCAAGUUGCUGGACUGCAAGCACACCUGCUGCUCCGUGUGCCUGCAGCAGAUGAGGACCAGCCAGAAGGACGUAAGGUGCCCCUGGUGCCGCGGUAUCACCAAGUUGCCCCCAGGCUUCUCUGUAUCACAGCUGCCCGAUGACCCUGAGGUCCUGGCAGUCAUUGCCAUACCGCACGCUUCCGAGCAUACACCAGUCUUCAUCAAACUGCCAAGCAAUGGGUGCUACAUGCUGCCCCUGCCCAUCUCUAAGGAGCGCACACUCCUGCCUGGAGACAUGGGCUGCCGUCUGCUGCCAGGGAGCCAGCAGAAGCCCCUCACCGUGGUGACCAUCCCUGCAGAACAGCAGCCCCUGCAGGGUGGAGCUCCCCAAGAGGCUGUGGAGGAGGAGCCUGACAGACGGGGUGUGGUGAAGAGUUCCACAUGGUCUGGCGUGUGCACUGUCAUCUUGGUGGCCUGUGUUCUGGUCUUCCUCUUGGGCAUCGUGCUACACAACAUGUCCUGCAUCUCUAAGCGCUUCACUGUGAUAUCUUGUGGCUGAAGCCUGUCACAGCGAUGCCUCUUGUGGGUGCCAACUUAGGGGGGUGAGCAGGUGUUGGUGAUGGGAUCCCUAUGAUGAGAUGGGGUGACACUGAGGAUUUGGUACAAGUGCUGGCCUCCAAUUGGCCACUUGAUUCACCUGAAGACAAGAGCAGAGGGGAAGUUCUCAGCAAGAGAUGGUGGCAGCCAUGAAGACGUGUGCAUGCUUCCUCAUAAUUGUGUAUUUAAUGGGCUGUAAUUUAUGAUUUUCAAAGAUCUUUUCCCCAAGUUAGGCUUUUCUAUUUAGACAUGAAACUGUACAUGUGGGUGCGAUGAGCUCUCUCAAUACGGUAGAUGGUAGGCUAAAGCAGAUGCUUUGUGUGGAAGUAGAAUUAAACCUCAAAUCCAUGUUUAAAAAACUAAUGAAGACACAGAGCUGGUCUGUGUGUGUGUGUGUGAGAGAGA